CCCCCAGCGACGGCCGCAGCCCCGACGCAGCCAGGACGAUGAUGGACUGGAAGAUCGUGCUCCUGGCCCUGCUGAGCGCCCCGACGGCCCCGGGGGCCCCGCCAGCCCCGACCAAGGCCCCGACAAGCGGGGUGUGGGUGCGGUGCGCGUGCUCGCCCAACGCCCCGCGCUUCCAGCUGUACCGCGGCCCCGCGCAGCUCGACUUCUGCCUCCGGGGCCUCUACUGCGACUGCGCGAGGGGCCUCCACGACGCCUGCGGCUCGCCGAGGCGGCUGCGGGAGGGCGCGGAGGCCGAGGAGGACGACGACGGCCUGCCGAGCGCCGAAUGGUUCGACGAGGGCAUGCAGCAGUGCAGCCCCACGUUCGACUGCCACGCUUUCUUCGACAAGCGAGGGCCGCGGGCGGCGACGGUGCCGCCGGUGCCGUCCUUCAGCAUCGUGUCGGCCAUGACCCCCGCGAGCCUCGUUAACGACACGUCCGUCGAAACGACACUCGAAACGUCCCCGGAGGACACCACCCCGACGGACUCGACGACGGACGGAACGCCGGGGACCGCCGAACCGUCACCGCCGACGUCCUCGACACCUAGCACGGCGACGUCUGCGACCACAGAGGCCCCGGCGACACCCACGGCGACUCCAAGACCGACGACUUCGACUUAUCCAGCAUCCAUCACGGGGAAACCCAACACACCGCCGGGCGCCAACACGGACCCCACGACCGCCACAACGGACCCCACCGCCACGGACCCCACCGCCACGGACCCCACGGCAACCACCCCGCAAGGCAAAGGGGGGUCUGCCUCCACGCCGCCAGUGGCGCUGCCUCUCCUCGUGCUCGUGGCGGGCCUCAUGUUGUAGUCGCCCUGGGCGUA